CUGUCCUUGCCUUUUAUUUACUUUUUGACAUUUCUAACACGAAUUGCCUACAAACAAAUUCAAAACAAACUUCUUCCAAACAGAAAAUUCGAAAAAUGUUUUCCGAAAAGUUACGAUUGAAGUAGUAAAUGCCUUCGACUUAGUAUUAUUUCACCCGAUUCCACUUUAAAUUUUAGAAAAUGGUUCGUGUAAUUUCUGUCCAUCAUUUCACAAAUCAGAACGUUCAUACCGUGGAGCAGCCGACGGCUUGCACGGUAGCUCCGCCCGACAGAUUACUUUUAGCCCUCACUAAUAAUUGCGUAGAAGUGCGCGACUUACAAAAAGAAUCGGAAGUAUUGUUCACGUUUCCCACUGUUGAUGAAGUAGUUCAAAUUCUGCAUUGCUUAAACGGUGAUUAUGUCUCCACCCUGGAAACCAAAUUCAAUAGGCAAAACAGAGAAAUCAAUUUUGUCAGGGUUUAUGUGAAUUGGGGUAGCAUCGCAACCCUACAGCAGUCAAAAAUGACCAGCAGCGGAGUGAGUUUGGGUUCAUCAGAGUGCGGCAUGGUUCAGCCAAUGAGAGCGAGGAUUGCAGGGAGAGUUACUCCCACAACCAAUCAAUCUGAGCUAGGAAGUUUGGAGAUGAUUGAGAUACCUGUUAAGAGGAAUCCUAAUGCUAUUGCUUGCUGUCAGGUAUCAGGGAAUUUGAUCAUACUGUCACGCCACACUGUCAAUCUUUACCGAUUUCAUAUAAGGACUCACGACAUAUCGAAAUUGAGAUUCGUCGAUUUUGAAGAGUUACCAUUUCUUAUUGAACUGGGUUUUAGUCCAUUUGAGAUAUGUAUAUGCGAGAAUUAUGUUGCAGUCGUUGCUAAAGAUGCUAUGCACAUGUUUAAAAUAGUCGCCAGUACUGUUGCCGAAAGCUACUGUGAAAACUCUGUGGAUAGUAAUAUAAAUUUUCUUCUUUCCAACUAUAAACCGAUAGAUUAUAGGCAGCUAGUAAGGGAUGAAGCAAUGAACGUGAAAAAGGAAAAAAUCACCGUCAAUUUGCCGACAAUUGUUAAAGAAAAUAGUUUGAUUCAUAAGCACAGUCCUUUUACAUUUAGUGACAAAGAUCUGGUUGCCGUAUUAAAAGCUACUUCACCCACCGAGGUUAAGGUUCCAAAUUACAAACUUGUGGAUUUAAUCCAGCUCAGGCUGGUACCGAUCGUGGUAGAGAACGCCCAGAGGCAGGUAGCUGAAGAGUUUAAAAGCAUAAUACUGAGACCCAUGUAUAUAGAACAAAAUUUCAACAAAAACGUCAACGAAUGGGACAACGCUAUUCUCAAAAGUGACUACCGAAAGUGCCUGAACGGUGUGGCCUGUAUGAUUGCCACACAGCAGGAAGGCUACUUGCAUUUUUUCGGAGAUGCAGAUAAGGACCCGGACGAAGACCAUUGUAUAGCUGUGUACCCUUUUACUUCGCCGGUAUACAAACUGGUAAUGGAGGAUCACCUUUUGCAUGCAUUGACUGAGACUGGGCUCGAAUCCUACACGCUUCGGGUCGGCCAUCAACUUUGUAGAAACUUCGACGUUAUCGAUAACCUAAACAAUGCUUGCCCGGAGGUGAACGAGUGCAUAUGCCUCGUAGGACUCCGUCCUUUUUUGGGAGUCGAACGCAUCUUGCUCUCUGAGAAUUACAUCGUUCUAUUAGCGAAUUCCGAUGGUUCUCCCGCGCAUUCGAUGAGCUCGAGUGGAAGUUCCACUGCUUCGUUUUUGACCCUCUAUAACCUAGAAUUACCAUCCCCGAAGACGAUCUUCAACGACAUUUGCAUAGUCGCUAACGUUCACAGAUUUACAUCAACGCAGACCUACUGCCAUCUGUUGAGCGAGGCGCACAUGAUUUUGCGAGUUGCGCUACUGACGAAGAAGUGGACAGUCACCGACGACAACGUAAGGUUGAUAAUUCAGAGGUCGGACGUGAGCGACGACCUAGUAGAAACGUACAGGACGUCCUGCGCUCUGCUGGGAGACCACUACAUUAUGUGUUCAGACGAAGCCAAUUACGCUUUGGCCAUUCCGUAUUACAAAAUAGCGAGGGUCGCGCCUUUAGAAGCGCUCAAGAGGGUGAAGAAGAUUGAGGAGCAGAGCAAUCAGAAGGCCUCCAAGGGGUUGAUGUGGUAUUUAAAACACAUUUUGCGCGAGGUCAAGACUAGCCUCGACGCCGACAGGUAUUUCAGGUCCACAUCAAAGAACAGCUUCGCGGAGAUCAUGCUCGACCUGUUGGAGUCGCACGGCUAUGAGGACCUGCCUUACCUCAUCUUGAAAAGUAAAAUGCUCAGGGAGUAUUCCACCGAUAAGCUGGCUCAGAUACUGAGCGACAAAUGCGCAGAUAGGGAAGAGGACCGGGCGGAGCGCCAUCUGGCGUUGACGAUUCUACAGAUACAGAAGGGUAAUGGCGACGUUGCGGAGACUUGUCUCCGCAAAAUAUCGCGCGAAAGACUCGUCGAGCUAUUACUGGAUAAUUGGGACUUGCUUUUCGAGACUACAUACGUCCCUCAAAGCAAAACGAAAGGUGUGACGAGUUUUUCCGAGUUGUCCGUAUUGUUGAUUUCCGUUUGUCCGGAAUUGCUCGCCGACAUAUUGGUUAGGUUGAUCGUCGAAAAGAAGACUGUCAAUUUGUGUAAAAUCAUAAAGGUGUUCAUCGAAUAUUUGCCGUCGAGUAUAGGCAACGACAGCAACUACGCGAGCUUGGUGCUGCAGAAGAUGCUCGAGAGUUACUUCUCGCAGUAUUUCGCCAGGCCCGAGAACGUAGAUUUGACGAAAGUGGCGUACGAAAGGGGUGCCAGCGAAGCGAUGAAACUGCUCGUAAGAUCGUAUCUCUCCCAGUUGCAAAUUUUGCAGUUGAGAGACGAGCGUCGCGACAGCGACGACGGCAGUGCCCGUGAGGUGAUCGAAAACGAAUGCGCGGAGAACGACUCGGACGAGACUGGGAAAGACGGCGACCAAGAAAAAUUGCGAUAUAAUCACGUCUACAAAACUUAUUUCGACGAGAAAGCGAAAAAGCCGAAAGGCAAUUUUCUCUUCUCCGAAUUUCGUUAUGAAUAUCUCGACAAAAUGCCGCCGUUUCAGGUCGAGAUAACCUCCAAAAUAUACCAACUCUGCGUCGAAAAUUAUACAGCCGCCCCCGAUUGUCAGCCCAACGACGAAGCGGACACGGUGUUGAAAAAAUUGCAAGCGCUUCUGUGCAGUCAGGUGGUUCCCAAACAGGUGGGUGUCGAAAUCAGUGGUUUUCUGGCGGUCAACUCGAAUUUGAGGGGUAAUUUGAGCCUCCAGUCGAUCAUUUCGGGAACCAACGAUGCCGUCACGUUGCUUCUCGACGCCUGUCCGCAGUGUCUGCUUCAGUUUGCCAAGGAUCGUUUCACGAAAACCGACGAAUGGAAAUUUCUAAUAGCGGCGGUGCAGACCCGAAUCCUGCAGAUAUCCCAGCAGGAACAUUUGAAAAGGAUCUGCUUCUUCCACAAGAAGUUGCUGAAAGACAUUUUAACUUGCGCGGCCUCGACUUUCCCAGUAGACCAGCUGCAGCAAGUAUUCCCGCAACAGUUCAGCGUCUCCGACACGGACUCGCAAAACGUUCGACGUGGCAACGUCGACGCUGAAACGAACGGCCACCUAGAUCGAGAUGACGAUUUCGAUUUGGUGAACGAGAUACACAAUUACGAGCCUUAUAUCGCCAUGUGCAAAGACGCUAUGCACGCCAACAACAUCAACAAGGUGCUGAAGUCGAAAGCUCAACAGCUACUGUGCACAUUAAAUUUGUAAGGUUUAAGUUUUUGUACCUGGUUUUUUAUAUCAAUGCACAGCAAGUAGUUCCUGAAAUUCUGGUGGAUCUGUUGCCCAUCGUAAAAGUUAAAUUUCUCAGAACAGUGGAGAAAAUCGGUAAAAAGGAUUAGGAUCGGGAAUGAAAUACAAUUACUGGGAGGUGUGCGAAAAAAAAAGUAGUGCAAAAGGACUACGCGUGAUUUGAUUUUGCACUAGACUUGUGGCUUGAUUUUUUUUGAAAUAGGGAGAGAUCUAAACAAUUAUUGUUAAAGUUAAAAAAAAAAGGACACAGUCAAGCAAGUAGAAAGGAGAAAGUUGUUAACGAACACAGGUAAUUUUUUUCCAAAUUUAAAUCAUGAUAAAAUGUUUCCUGCAAAUAGUUUAAUAAUAAAUCUGGCUGUAACAUGAAUUACAGGUGUCUCCUGCGGUUAAAGGUAUUGAGCCACAAGGAAAGCAAUUGUCAGUAGUUCAAAUGGACCUUGGAGAUUUUUUUAUUCUCGAAUGAUAUUUUCUUAAUACUCCAUACUUAGCAGCUCUGACAUAUGCGUUGCAGGCACUUUUUUUAAUCAAUAUUGCUUGUAUUUAAGUACGCAUAAAGAAUUUAAAUAUUGUUAGAAAUAUGUUUGAUUUUUGGGAAAAAACAUACAUUGGUCUAAGCAAAAACGAAUUGUAUUUAGUAAUAAUACUCAAAGCUUAGGUUUUCAAAAAGUGAAUACUCAGUUUUUUAAUAUUUUGGCAAAGAUUUGAAGCUGUCGUUGCUAAUAUAGGUUUGAUAAUAACUAAAGAAUUAUAUAAUGAGUAAUUAAAAAAUAAUAGGUAUUUGUGCACAAGAAACCAUAAAACAUAUUAACAAUGUCAAAGAGAAAGUCAAAUUCAAAUAUUUUAGUUAAAUAUUUGGUAUCCUAAAAUUAUAAAAAAUCGCGAAUACGCGUAGUUCAAUUAUACCCACCAUAUUUAACGUCAAUACUCAGUUGUUUAAUAUUAUGGCAAAGAUUUGAAGCUAUCGUUGCUAAUAUAAGUUUGAUAAUAACUAAAGAAUUAUAUAUUGGGUACAUAAAAAAGAAUAGAUAUUUGGGCAUAAAAAACGAUAAAACAUAUUAACAAUGUCAAAGGGAAAGUCAAAUUCAGAUAUUUUAGUUAAAUAUUUGGUAUCGCGAAUACGCGUAGUUCAAUUGUACGCACCAUAUUUAAUGCGCGUCACGCUUAGGUAAAUGUUUAUUUUCCAAGUGAGGAGAGUAGUUCAAAUAUACCCACAAGAUUCUGAAUCGAAUCGAUUUGAAAGAAAGAGUUGGACGGAGUUUUAUUAACGGCAGCUCGAUAUUUGUCGCUAUUAUAGUUUUAAGCAAAUCAUAGUUUACGUUAUAAAUUUUGUGAUAUCUUCAAUACGCUUAUCGAUAUUUUCGUCUUUACAAUACUCUCACACCUUGGCGUUUGAUAUGCAUUUAUCAGUUUAAUCAUGUAGAUUUAUAAUAUAUGUUUGUUGAAUGAAAUAUAUAAUAGAAAGAAA